UGACUUCAAAAAGUUGAUUCAUUGGGAUGCAUAUCUGAGUGGUGUAAAAAGAAAGAAGAUGAUUGUGGUUAUUGUAUUCCAUGUGAGAACACUUUCAAUGCCAAUAAAGGAUAUCAAGCAGUCAUGCAACAUGUGAAAUUCGGAAAACAUGAAAAAAAAAAGGAACACUAAAAUGUCACCAUUUCAACUGCGAUUGACAUCUAAUGUCGAAACCAACACUGGAUCAACCACAACUAUUUGUUGUAAUAAUGAUGGACGAGAUUGUACUACAAGAAACUAAUGUUCAAACACCAGAGAAAAUAUUUCCUUCUAAGUUGAUUCUUUUAGGUGAAUCAUCAGUUGGAAAAUCUAGCCUUUUGCUAAGAUUGAUUAAUAGACAAUUUUACAAUUACCAAGAAAGUACUAUUGGUGCUGCAUUCUUUACUCAUACAAUACAUUUGGACAAUGGAGCUGUUAAAUUUGAAAUUUGGGAUACAGCUGGUCAAGAACGUUAUAAUAGCCUUGCACCAAUGUAUUAUAGAAGUGCACAAGCAGCAAUUAUUGUUUAUGAUAUAACUAAUAAAGAUACUUUUGAAAGAGCUAAGUAUUGGGUGAAGGAACUCCAAAUAAAUGCGAAUUCUGGAAUUAUAAUAGCUCUAGCUGGUAAUAAGCUAGAUUUAAAUACCAUAAGGAGUGUUGAGACUGAUGAAUCACGUACAUUUGCCCAUGAAAAUGGACUUAUAUUCAUGGAAACGUCAGCAAAAACCUGUGUUAACGUCACUGAAAUUUUUAAAGCAAUUGCUGAAAAACAACAAAACAAUGCGACAUUAAAUACAGCCGGGAAAUUCCAAAUUCGUAAUACUGAAGAACUUAAUGGGACUUUAAGCUGUUGUAAAUGAUAUACUACUAUGGGUAAUUUUUUUCAUUCAUUGGAAAAAUAAUUUUGCAAUAGCAAGA